UGAUAUCAUUUCCAUUUAGUAAGUAAGUGCAUGUGGGAAUAUUAAAUGUGGAUACCCAUGUGCUUUUUUAUUUGUAAAAUAAUUGGAUUAAAAUUCAUUUUUUAUCCUAAUUUAAAUGAUAAAGUACUAUUUUUUGACUGUACACAUUAAGAAUAAUAAAUUAUGCUUGCAAGGACUCUUUAUUUGUGUUGAAUAUUCAUACUAUUUUACAAUAAAUUAAAAAAAUAAGGAUUAUAUAUAUCUGUAAUUUAAAAAGCGAAUGUAAAUUCGAUACAACAAAAUUUUAUAUAAUCUUGUGUGUAGUACUCCAUGGUUUAUCUUAAGGAAACUAAUAGACAGGACAUGCAGCCUUGAUGGAGACAAAACAGACAAAUCUGAUGCAACUGCACAAACUUCAAAAGCAGUUUUUAAUUUUCAAACAACAAAUACAAACACGUAUGACUAGGGUACAAAAAUAUAUAUAAUAUACAUAAUUAUUAAAUUGAAUCUUCUGUUAUUAAAUUACAAUAACAAAAUGUGUACAAAAAAUAUGGAAUUGAAUUAUGUAAUCAAAGAGUUACAAACAUGUGCAGAAGACACUGCUAUUUUCAGAAAACUGAUAAGCUUUGCUUCAUCAUGCAAAGAAUCCUGGAAUAAUGAACAUUUAAAACAAUGGCAACCAGUUUAUAUACACAUUAUAGGAGCUUUUGCUUCGAAUACAGAAAUAAAAAGAGAGAGAACCUUGUUGGCUUCCCAUACAUUUUUUGCUUUAUUGUCAAUGCAAUCUAAUUUAGUAUUUCUAAAAGAAACUUUUACAAAUCUUUUGAGCUUUAAACAUAAUGAAGUAUACAUCUUCAAUAAAAAGUAUAAUACUGUUGAAUCCGGAUUAUUUAAACUGAUUUGCGCUUAUGGGUAUUUACAAGUAAAUUGCAGUAAAAUAUAUUCUAAUGAUAUUUGUUUUCUCAUUUUCGAUGUUAUAUUUGAGCAUUGUAUAAGAUAUACUAAACAUUCUUAUUUUGCAUACAAAAUAUUAUACAUGUGGUUGCAACGAACCAUAAACACAACUUUUUGGAAUACUUAUUCGGAAGUAGAGCAGAAACUUGAAGCAAUUAUCUUUUCAAAUUGGUGUAACGCUAUCAACGACAUUAGUAAGCAAAAUUCAGCACUUAUUUUUAACAUGUACCUGAAAAUAAUGGAAAACAAAUAUAAUGGAUAUUUGGAGUAUCUGUUUAAGCAUUGUGUCAAUACAAUUUCUUGGCAGAACGAAUUAAAAUAUGAUAUACUUGCGGAAAUUUGCGAAGUUUUGGACAAAAUCAAAAUUAUUACAUCUUAUGACUUUUUAUUUUCUUUAUGUACUAGCUUAACAAAAUAUUAUUUGCGUUCUGCUGGUACAAAAGUUUAUCUUGUUAUUAUAAAAAAAUUAAGCGAAAAUGAAUGGAAAGAAGCCUUUGGAGAUAUAAUGAACUACCUCUUUCACCAUUGGGAAUCGCCAGAGAAUGAAAAUCAUAAUGCUCUUCAGUUACUUUACAAACAUUGGCUUGAACCAGUUGUUAAAAAGUACAGAAAUCUUUUACCUUAUUUAUGGAAUUUAAUCACAGAUAUAAGAGAACAUUUUUUACGUUCACAUCUCCAAAAAUUGGCUUGUGAAAUGCAUAUUGAUCUUCCACAACAAGCAAGGAUAGAAUGUUAUAUAAAUCAUAAUAAAGAAAUCAUAAGAUUGAAUGGAUUUGCCAUAAAUUGUUAUCAAAUAACUAGAUUAUACAAUGAAAAUAGAGAUCAGUUUUUUACAGUACAACAUUUUUUAUGGCACAAUGCAAACAGUACAACAGUGUACAUGAGAGAUGGGAUUGUCAAAUAUUUUAAAAUAUUUUAUACUAACGUUCUAAAAAUGUGUGAUAAUAAUUCAAACAGUAUACAAGAUGUGUACUACAUUACACAUUGGUUGCAUGAAUUCUUUUUGGAUUGUUUUGAAAUUGGUUCUUGUUAUCAAAGAAAAAUUCUAGGCUUAAAUUUGUAUAGAGCCAUACUUUCAUUUACCAAUGGCUUUGUCACAAAUAAGUCCAAUGUCGAAAAUGUUUUGUGCAUUUCAUUGCUGGAAAAACAUUUAAUAAUAACUGGAAACUGGAAAUUCACAAACAGAAGGAGUUUAUUUAUCUUAUUAAGACUUGUACUAGAUUCUGCACUUGAUGUCAAGCAAUUAGCAGCUUCUAUUAUUCUUAAUUAUUUCAAUAAAGAUAUUUUGUCUCAUGUAGAAAAGCAGAUAUUAUUUCACACGGCAUUGAAAAAUUGUAAUUCUUCUAAAUUCUAUGAAAUUGAAAGUGGUGCGGCUCUUAUGUCAAUUUUAGUAAAAUGGUUGCCUUUGAAUAUUUUACAAGAUCAUAAGGAUUAUAAUGAUCAGUUGAAAUAUUCGGAUUUCUUGUUUAAUGAAGCUACAAAUCAGUUAAUGCAAAUGAAAGAAGAUGUACUAAAGGCAAUUGUUCAAAAUAAACCAUUUUAUGGCGUGAUGACUGCUUUAUUAAAUAUUGCUUUUCAAAAUGGUCAAGAAAGUUCUAAUAUAUCUUCAGAAUUUAUUGAAAAAAUAUUGUAUCUGUUGGAAGAUGCUACAGAUUUUUUUCUAUAUAUAUUUUCUUCAAAAUCCAAAAAUACAGGUAUAUUUUAUUCAAUUUCAUUGAAGUCUAAAAUAUAUCUUGUCUUAGAUGAAAUUGUAACUGAAUUUGUAGAAUAUUCGUCGUCGUUCGCAGAAAUGGGAUUAGCGAUUAACGAAGCUAUUAAAAAUAGUGAGAUAGACAACAUCAAUUUCGAUGAUUUAAGUUUAACUCCUGCACAUCAGGUACUCAUCUCUUGCAUUUGGAUGUCUUUAAAGGUCUCCUGUGAAAUAGCUUGUGAAAUAGGUACAUUAAUGUAUUCCGACGAUACAGUUAAACGUUCCGCAAAUGUUAUCAUUACUGUAUUACUCAGAUGUAGACACAAAGGUGUAGUGGAAGCAGCGGGUACAGCAAUUGGACAAUUAACGAGAUGUUUGUGCAAAGAAACUAAGUAUUCUAAUUUGCCAAAAACACAUAUAUUGCGUAUAUUAGAAAAUAAUUUUAUGGAUUCUUUAAACAUUACCAGAAGAGGUGCUGGAUUAUCAAUUAUGUUUCAUAGAAUUGUCGUUAGCGAUAAUCGACAAGAUAGACCUCUUUUGCAUUUUGCAGUACAAAAAUUAUUAGACCUGUUGGACAAUGUUUCUGAUGAGAAUUUGAAGAGCAUAGAAUUUCAACACGAUUCUCCAUGGGCAAGACGUUUAUAUUUUUUACGGGCUUUAGUAGCUGAUAAAGAAAUAAACGCACAGUUAACUCCAUAUAUGGAAAGAAUUUCGCUAACUUGUUUCAAAUAUUUGGAAUCAGAAAUAUGGACUAUCAGAAAUGCAAGUCUACAAUUAUUUGGUUCGAUAGUUCCAAGAUUAAUAGGCCAAAGUUAUGGGGAUACCUUAGAUUUUGGAAAUGGUUAUUCCAUUAAUCAUUUUGUUACGCAUUAUCCACUACUUGCAGACUAUGCCAUGAAAGAAUUACAUAGGUUUUCAUUUACCUUUACAAGGUUCUCUACUGCUCUAUAUUUACAUUCGAAUAUUGUUCAUAUUCUUAUACUCCUUUCGAAAUUUUCAUGUAGUGCUUGCAACUUAAUUGAUUAUUCCUCGCAAAAAUAUGUAUCAAAAGUAAAAUACUUACUUUAUAUGCUGAUUGGAAAUCCUAUUUUCUAUGUUAGAUUCUUAGCUGCAAAGGCAUAUGCAGCAUUAACAGACUUUUUACAAAUUCAACUCGAGCUUCAGAAAUUAAAGUGCGAUAUUUCUUCAUGCCAGAGUGUUAAUUUAAUCCAUGGUUAUUUGUUAACUAUGAAAUUUCUCAAAGAAAAAUUAUCCGUUGAAAUUGAAAGUAUAAAUGUGUGUUCGAAUGUUAAGCGAUACGCUGAUCGUGGAUUAGAAAAAUCUCCAGAAUGCCUGCGAUUUCGAAAAAUAUUACGAAUUUGGAGUAAUAUGUCGAAAGGAGAAUGUAGCUCACAAAUAUGUUACAUGAUUGAAAUGCUAUUUUUACAACUAAAAGAAUUUAUUUCCGAUGAGAUAUCUAAAGAAGACAUAUUUAUUUUUAACGGAAACAGAUUUUUACUCUCUUCUGAGAAAAUAAAACCAGGAUUUUUCCAAUUUGUAGACCUUUCUAUAAAGUUAUAUGCUGACUAUAUAAACCGUACUAAUAACGUUAAUAUUGAUAUUUUGCAUAAAAUUUUGUACUCCCCUUGUAUCGAUCAAAGUAUUUCUUUCUUAAAUCACGUGUCACAUAGCAUCCCAAUUUUGAAAAUUUUACUCAAACGUGUAUUGCUGAAUGAAUACGGAUGUAAUGAACUACUUUUAAAUGCAAUGAUAAAUUACAUUUUGAGAACUUUGAAGCAUUGGCCGCUAUUAGAUAUAAAUGAAUUAGAUAUUACGAAAAUAGUAGAAAUUUCGUUUAUUGAAAAAUUAGAAACUGUAAGAUAUUAUAAUCUAUGGAGUUUAAAAUGCAUAUUGAUAAUUUUUUCUCGAAACGAGGCAAUGAUAGACGAAAUACUAUCCCAUACACUCAAAUUAAGUAUUCAUGAAGAAGAACAUAUGAGACGAAUCGCAGUUGAACUUAUGCAAUUCUUAGUUCAUCGAUUUGCAGAAUUAACAAGCAAAACUAAAUUAAGUAUUUUACAUUGCUGUUUAAUUCUACUGAAAGAUGAAAUUACAGAGAUACGCGAAAUUAUUGCGGAAAAUUUAAGGGCGCAUGUUCUACAGACAAUUAAUACUGAAUAUAAUGCUUUAGGGCAUGAUGAACUUAUAUAUCAAAGACUAUUAUCCGAAGUAAUGCUCGAAAAAUUAAAUUUUCCUACGGAUAACGAUAUGAAUCUAUUUUUCGUAAAAUUGUUCACACACAGUAUUAAGUAUUUUGAUAGUAACACGACUAUUGAAAAUCCUUUCUACCAUGAUGAUAAUCCUUUUUAUAGAGAAGAGUCAAAGUUUCUAAAUCUUUGUUUCUAUUACAUGAAACGAAAGGAGCACAGCCAUGAUAACUACUCUACAAAAGAUAGUACGAUAGGAUGCGAUAAUGAAACGCAUGAAUCGAAAUAUCAACUGCAACGAGAAUGUUAUUUCGAUGAUAUGAAUUUAGAAACUAUUUUAAAUACUAAGUAUGUAAAUUAUUUAUUAAUGAAACAAAAAAUUGUAAUACAGGAUUAUAGCUAAUAAUAAUAUGUAAUGUACAAUUUUAAUGAAUAAAUGAUAAGCAAUAACGGAUUACUCUUUAUAACUAGA